AGCUCAGACGCGGAGCAGGCGGCGAGCGAGGCGCGGUGGCCAGGACGCACGGUCGGGGCUGCCCAGGGUGUCCUGCGCGCGGCGGCUGCCCGGAGGGCGCCCCCCUGGCGCCUUCGCUGCUGCUCCUCCUCCUCUCUUCCCCAUGAGCCGGGCCGGGGGGCUGGCCGUGCAUGUUGCUGCAGCUGCUGGGGAGGCGGCGGCGGCGCCGCGGACGGGUUUGCUGAGCGCUCCGCUCCCCGCGCCCCAGCCGCGAAUGUGACCCUGCGCUCGGGCUUGUGUGCCUCGGCUCCUGCGCCUCGCCAUCCGCCUACUCCCAAGGAAGGAAGGAGGCAGCCAGCCGGCCGGCCGGCCAAGGGUAAGAGAGGCACCGCGGUGGGGAGGUGGGUGAACGGGAUGACACGGGACCCUGCGUCUCGUGAGAAGAGGCGACGUGAUAGAAAACGUGGGGAGGCGGGAGAGAAGGGGAAUCUCUCCUCCGGACACGUGCAGCGGCGCUUUGCAAGUUGCUCUUGAAGCCGGCCCUCGGAGAAAAAGUGUGUGAAGGGGGAGGGGAAAGGUGGGGCGGGGCACGGGCAGUUCACACGUUACACCAGGCACAGCUGUCUCUGCACCGGUACUGGCGUGCGCUUGCCCGGCUCCUGGAAGGUGGACGCGGACUGUACAUUCCCGCAACCUUCCGCAUGAAGGUCCAGUUCCAACGUUUGCGGGCACGGAUCUGUGCGCUCGUUGGAUGUAACGUGGGAACAUCUCCGGAGAAUUAAAAAGGUGGCGUACACGUGCGUAUGGGGAAUGGUGGGUUUUCUUUCCCCCGACCCCUAACGUGUUUUUUCUUUUAACUGGAUGAAGAAGUCUUGCAUAACUUGUGUGGAGUUUUGGGAAUCAUGGAAGUGAUGUGGGUCGUCCCCCCAUGGUAUCGUGUGUAGACCCACAACCGAGACGCUAGAGAUACGCGGGGGGUGGGGGCGGUGCCAUAAAAGACCCGGCGGUCUGCAGGCAAUUUAUUGGGGCUUCAGUUCCAGGGAAUUCAGAGAAACGUAACUUCCAAGUAAACUGCGGGUGGUAGGAUUGUAAGCCUUUCUGUUACAGCCUGGUGCAAUAUGUACGUGUGUGCGCGCGCGUGUAUCUAAAGUUGCCACAUGCACAUCCCAAACCCCUUAAAAUAUUUGACGAGGUUGUUCUGCGUUACCGCAUUGCAUUGUUUUGGCUAAACAAAACGGGGGAGUAAGUAAGGGGUGAUUCUUUGGAGCUGUUGUUUAGGGGAGUUCAGAACUUACUGGAGAGUUGAGAGUCAUUCUUGAGGUUAUUACUCACAGAGCAUAAGAGAGCAGUGUAUAAAUAUAUAUGCUCACAUUUGCUGAGAUCAGGAGAGAACUUUGGCUAGCUUGUUUGGAAGGGGGAGAUUGUGCUCUUGUUUGUUUGUUUGUUUGUUUGUUUGUUAUGGGAGCAUUGUUAAACCUUACUCCUAAGGGGAGCCAAAUGGGGAAAGAAGUCUUGGGAGUGGAACAGGGUUGAGUUCAAGGUGCUUAAGAAAGCUACCUUUUACCAGACCAUCUAGCACAGUUACUUGCCAGGAUUUCAGACAUGGGAUUUCUUUCUCUCUCUCCAGCCCUAUCUGGAGAUGCCAGGGAUUGAAUCCUGGGACUUUCUGCCUGUAAAACAUAUGCUGUGCCGCUGAGCUGAACCUUUCCCUAAUAAGCUGUGGGUGGAGGGGAUGCCUAGCCCAGCCAGAGAGGCAGAAAACGCUCUCUGCAAAAUGUGGUGCAUUGACCUCCCUUUUCUGGCUGGGGGAGGGAGGGGGGAGGAAGCAGCUAGGUUUGUUCUCCAUGCCUCCUUACUUUCUGUUAAUGCUUUAUUGGAGAGGUGGAUAGAGAGUAUUCUUUGCAUCCAUAAGUAAACCGAGAACUAAUCAGGGGCUGUGUUUGGGGCUGGACUUGAGGGUAGAGGCCUGAUGCCCCACGCUGCAGAACAAGCAGGAAGCACCCCCCUUCCAUGCUUGGUGUUUUUGUUUUUGUUUGUUUGUUUUUGGAAGUAUUGCAUCUUGCCAUAGAGAGGGUGGGAAAUUUUCUAGAGCCUAAAACUGCCUAACUGCAGCACUGGAAUUAAAGGUCAACUAGAAAGAGGGAAGGUAUCUGUCGGGCUUUUUUGUUCUGCUCUUCUUGAGGCUGGGAUGGGGGUGGAGGAGACCUGGGAGAGGGGGGUAUGUGUGCCCCCCCUCCACCAGCACGUGGGUGCCUUUGUGAGAUUAGUGGGGCUAAGCUGUGUGUAUGUGUUAGCUGGCUUUGAGCCCAGGUCUAAGUUCCUCCAACCACUAUGCUGCGCUACCUCUCUUGCUUUGUACUCGCUAGUAUACGACAUCAGCAUAGUCCUUUGCUUGCCUGCUCUGAAGUACUCCAAGGAGAGUGAGUUUAGGACUGCAGCCUGUAUCUUGCUGCAGAACCGAAGUCAUGGGCAUGGGAUGGAGAGGGAGCUAAAAUAUGGGUUUGGAUUGGGCAGAUCUUUGAAGAAACCCCUAAGGGUGCUGCUGUAUCUCAUCUAGCAUCCUGUACUCACAGUGGCCAUCCAAAAGCCUCCAAGCACAGGAGCUGUGCACAACUCUCCCUGCUUGCGAUUCCAAGCAAAUAGCAUUCAGAGGCAGACUGGUGGAGGUAGGACAUAGAAUCAGGGCUGGUAGCCAGGAACUUGCAUAUGGACUUUCCUUUCCUUUCUUUCUGUUCCCUUAGACACAAGGAAGGGGUCAAGAUGAAAGAGUGUCAAUCAACUCUCCCCCACACACUUCAUGCAGAUUUUUGGGGGUGCAUUAGUGGCUGUUCUUGCUCUUUGCUAGCUGGGAAAUAAGGGAACCCCUGGCUGGUGCAGCUGAUCUGAAUGCAAGCUUAAAAGCAGGCAUAGGCAAACUUCGGCCCUCCAGAUGUUUGGGACUACAAUUCCCAUCAUCCCUGACCACUGGUCCUGUUAGCUAGGGAUGAUGGGAGUUGUAGUCCCAAACAUCUGGAGGGCCAGAGUUUGCCUAUGCCUGUGAACUGGCAAUACUCUCCCCUCUGCUCUGCGUGGACCAGGGUCCUAAACAGAGGUGAGGAACCUCCAGCCCAGAAGCCAGAUGUGGCCCUCCAGACCUCUCUACCUGGUCCUUGAAGCUCUGCUCAGGCCACACCCCACCCAGGCUACGCUUUCCCCUCCCUGGAAUGUAGAGUCAUAGAAUUGUAGCGUUGGAAAUGACCCCAGGGGUCAUCUAGUCCAACCCUCUGCAAUGAGGCCUUUGCAGUUUGGUCAUGCUUCCUGACUGCUUGGAUGGAGGACAGAGGAGGGCGAGUUUGAAAUGGGCUGCUGUGCAAAGGUAAAUUGUGUUGCUCCCCACCGACUUUAGCCUCUGAUCCUGCCAAUCACAGAUGUGUGGCCCCCAGAAGGGAAUGCAAAAAGGUUGGGUCUGAAAAAGGUUGCUAAGCCUGGAUGUUCAAUAUGUUCUGACAUCCGGGUCUCGAAGAGCAUUUGAGAUGCACCUUUUGGACUCAUUUAUAUUCCCUGUGCCAAUGUGCAAGCUUUAUGGUUGUGCAGAACUCUUUCUUUGCCCCAGGAGGAUUACGCAUAUGCCAAGAUAAUCAAAAUCUCGUGCUGAGCUCAAGAAAGGGUGUGAAGAGCAAGGGGCCUGGAGAACUGGGGCAGCUGCUUUUGACAAGUCAUGCUUGUUCAGUUGUUGCUACACAGUUAUUGGCUUGCAUUUAUACCCUGCCUUCUUCCAAGGAGCAUGAGCUGAUGUACCUGCUUCCCUUCACCCCUAUUUUAUCCUCACAACAACCCUGUGAAGUAGGCUAGACUGAGACACAGCAACUGGCUUCAGGGCCAGGUGAGGAUUACAUAGAAUUGUAGAGGUGGAAGGGACUCAUCUAGUCCUGGGUUUCCCAAACUUUGGUCUUCAGCUGUUGUUGCACUACAGUUCCCAUCAUCCCUAGCUUGGUCAGGGAUGAUAGGAACUGUAGUCCGAAAACAGCUGGAGACCCAGGUUUGGGAAACCCCGAUGAAGUCCAACUCCCUGCAAUGCAGGAAUAUGCAGCUGUCCCAUACGGGGAUUGAACUUGCAACCUUGGCGUUAUCAGCACCAUGCUCUAGUCUAACCAACUGAGCUAUCCAGGCUCUGGAACCCUGGUCUGGUCCUGGUCUGACACGCUACACACUUCGGCUCUUGAUGCAGUGUGUUUACCGGUAUAUGCAAAGAACUCGGCAAAGCUCCCUUGGUCCACAGCUGUGGCAGAUUGACAGCUCUGAUCCCACCCCCCACCCCCUUAGCCCAGAUGGAACUGACAUGCUAUUGAUCUUUGCAGCGGUGGCGGGGCGGGGGGAGUAGGGGCUUAAAUGCAAAGCUUCAUUAUUAGGACCACAGUGCCGCGGCUUCUCUAGAGAGAGAUGGAGAAUUAGCUCCAUAGCAGACGGGCAGUCUGGAGCUGAGACUCUGGGUGGGGGAUUAGGCUGGAUAUAGGGCAGUCAGGGAAGAGGGGGGAGGGGCAGGGGGCUGCGUCCAGCAUUAGGGGUGAUUGAUAGGGGGUUGAAUGAUAGGGGAGAUCUGUUGGGGGUGUCUGCAUGCCAGCCGCUGGAGAAAAAUGGCAGAUGAGACUGAGAUGAUGGGAUUGAGAAUUGGAGGGGGUAGGUGUCACCCAGAGGGGAUUAAGCGCGGGGGGGGGGGGCGGGGGAUGUUGAUGCAACACACACUGUUUAUGUGCUGUGGUGGGGAGAGUGAGAUCAUUGUUCAUUUGUCUAUCCCAGUUUCGGCACUGAUCUGAGCAGCCACUUACAGAGAGGGCUGCUUAAGAUAAAUCUCACAUUGCUUACAUGCUGUGGGUUGGAGUCAACCAGCAUUUUACUCAGCUGAAAUGAAUGGGCCCUCGUUAGCCACAGCCGUUAAUUUCGGGCAGAGGUUGACUAUGACCUCAUGCACUUAAAGUCCCGCCCCCUGCCCCAGAAUCCCAGGAACUGCAGUUUGCUAAGGGGGCUGAGAGUUGUAGCUCUCUGUGAGGGGUGAACUACAGUUCCCAGAAUUAUUUGAGACACGUGUGUUUUAAAUCUAUGUUAUGUAUACAGGGUUAUUGAUGGGGGAGGAGAUAUCCUUCUGCCAGCCUCUUCUCUCCCUCUGGGCUCUGUUUAGCCUUGGAGCUGUGUGUGUGUGUGUGUGUGUGUGUGUGUGUGUGUGUAAGGGGUGCAUAGGAGCCCCCAGGGUCCGAUGCUAAAGUGAACGAUGGAUCUGGCAUAUUCCGUUUGCAGAGCUUGCAUUGGAGGUGGGAAGUUGGGCUAGGAGAGAGCAGAGCUUUUUGGCAGGCGAGGACCCCUUUGCAGCUGGAUCUGUUUAUUAUUGCUUAGUAAGUGGGUGGCGCUUGCCUCUUCUCCACCCUUAAAAAACAAGCCGUGACUUCUCUCCGCACAAGCUCUCUUAUUUACACUUGUUUAUCCGGAGGAUAACAGGAUUUCCUCUGUGUUGAACCGAUGCACUUAUUACACUGGCAGCCUUGUCAAGCUGCAGUGAAGGGCCGGACCCAUGAAAAUCCGGGUGGUGGCAUAGGGUGCCCUUGCCAUGCCCAUCUGUGUCUGCAGUGAUUUAUUUUCCUGAUGAAGCCCAGAGGGAUGCUUCUUUUGAAAACAAAUAAAUAAAAUCCACAAAGCAAGGGAAGAAGGAUGCAGCUUCAAAUACAUCCUUACAUUCUUGGGUUAACGGAAGAGAUCCAAUGCAGAUGUUAAAGGUAAAGGUAAAGGGAACCCUGACCAUUAGGUCCAGUCGUGGCCGACUCUGUGGUUGCCGUGCUCAUCUCGCUUUAUUGGCCGAGGGAGCCGGCGUACAGCUUCCGGGUCAUGUGGCCAGCAUGACUAAGUCACUUCUGGCAAACCAGAGCAGCACACGGAAACGCCGUUUACCUUCCCACCGGAGCGGUACCUAUUUAUCUACUUGCACUUUGACGUGCUUUCAAACUGCUAGGUUGGCAGGAGCAGGGACUGAGCAACGGGAGCUCACCCCGUCGCGGGGAUUCGAACCGCCGACCUUCUGAUCGGCAAGUCCUAGGCUCUGUGGUUUAACUCACAGCGCCACCCGCGUCCCUUAACGCAGAGGUUAUCUUGCUACAAAAUCUAGUAAUCCCUCAGUGAUUUUUGUUGUUGACCAUUCUUUAUUAAAUCUGUUUUCUUGCCUGAAGGAGACGGGGUGGCCAAUAGCAAGCAAUGAAACGUCUUUAAAACAAUUCCAAAUACAGACACAGACCUUUUAAGGGCCAGGGGUCCACUUUUGAGCCCCAGGCCUGAGGUCUUCCCACUCCUGUUGUAAAUGGAACAAAGCCUGCAAUCAAACAGCAAUCAGACUGCUAGCACAUUUGCAAAGCUAAGCAGACUGGCCCUCGUGGCCUCUGACUCAGGAAACCAUUCCCUAAUAUGAGAGGCCUGGACAAAAGUUUGCUUGCUUGGUGCUGAGAGCUACAUGCUCAGAGGCACUCUUUAUCAUUUGUGUAUUUCCAGUGAGGUGAGCCCUUGCUUUCAAAGCAGGUUUCUGUGAUGAGGUUUGGCUGAAGUAAAAGUGUUGCUAUACAUCUAUGCAAUGAUGGAGAUGUUGGCAGGACCCUUGACUGUUCACACAGAAGGUCUCAGUUCAAUCCUCAGCAUCUCCAGUUUAAAAAGGACCAGGUAACCGGUGAUAGGAAAGACCUGUGCUCAGGACCUUGGAGAUUUCACGCUACUGGGCUAGGUGGACCAGUAGUCUGACCUGAUAGUCUAAGCAAGGCACUAUGACCCAGAGCAGGAAUAAGGGAACCCAGUGCUUUCUGGGUGCUGUUGGACUCCCAAUUCCCAUCAGCCUCAACCAGCAUGGCCAGAGGCAGGAUGAGUUGUAGUCCUUUCAGGCUUUGCCUUCCUCCUGCUUCUUCUCCAAGUUCAGCCAGUAGCAGCAUGUGCUAGUCUUAAAUUCUUGGCUGCAUCUUGGUCAUAUUGUCAAACUUAGAAUGGCUUUGAUCUCCAUGCGUAAUAAACUUUUAAGUUGUAUUGGUUCUUCUGACAAGCAGUCUUACUAGACUAUUUCUCUCUGCACACCCCUGCAAUAUAUUUACCAAACUUCCAAGAGUUAUGAACCCCCAAUUGGACUGCAGCCCACCAUCCUAUCUUUGGUGACCACCCAGGUGCUUGCCAGUGUGGUCCUCCCUUUUUGGGGGAGUCCAGGGCAAUCGGGGAAGAUUGUUAAACUGACAGAUAGGCUGCUGGAAGGUACCAAAGCUGCAGGGCAGGGGUGGAAUCAGAUUCAGACCAACCCUUGGUCUUUGUUAAGCUCCUCCCCACCCCUUUGCUUUGUAGAUCGGAUGUGACUUGCUAGCCCUUAUGAUUGCAGAGAUAGAUUUGAAUAUGCAAUAGCCGAAAAUAAGGAGAAAGCCUGCAGUAGCCUUCAAUGGUUGAGUGACUUACCUAUCCUUGGCCACAGUGCCAUCUCUCCAACUAGGAUUCAGAUCCAGCCCUUCCAUCUUCUAAAAAUACAUUUUUUACUCCACCUCUCCAUGUCCCCGAACAGGGUCAUAAUUCCUCUUAGCAGCUGAAGUGUAGAGCUUUCUCUCUCUCGUGCAGCGUUGUGCAGACUAAGAGGAAACCAUUGUGGCAGUUCUGCAUGCAAAGCACAUUGCCAUUAUUAAUUAUUGCUCUGCAGCCACGUAUCUUCGUCCGCCUGAUCGCCGCUCAGCUGUCAUUUGUUCCGUUAUCAGUCAAUGCAGCUUAUUCCUUGGAUCUGGCGGGGAAAGAUUGGGCAGAAAUCCGACUCGGCAGCAACUCUGUGGCACGUGGCAGGGUCUGCUUUUGCUUCUGGAGCUGCAGCAGGGAAGAGAAAUCUGCUUCAAGGGGCAGAGCUAGGUUUUUGCAGUAGCUCUGCAGAGGUGAUUCCAGGCCUUUGAGUCCCUGGGUGGCUAGAAUAUUGAUGGUGCUACGAGGAACUAUAGAAAAGAACUGAAUUUGCCCCCUUCAAUCUGGAAGAUUUGAACAACCUGAUCUGGCACCUGAAACACUUCUGUGUCAUCCAGGGCUUGGGAACUUAUUUCAGCUGGAGGGCCAACUUAAAACUUUCCAGGGGCCACAUUCUAUUGGCCCAUGUAGUCCAGCAUCCUGGUGGUGCUUAAUGCAGUCCUCCAUGCCAUCAUAAAACAUCAGACAUUAAAAACUUCCUGAUACAGGGCUGCUUUCAUAUGUCUUCUAAAAGUUGUGUGGUUUCUCAUCUCCUUGACAUCUGAUGGGAGGGUGUUACAUGGUCGCCACUACUGCUAAGGCCAUGUACUUGGUUACUUCUCGCAGUGAGGGAACCUCCAGAAGGCCCUUGGAGCUGGACCUCAGUGUCUGGGCUGAAUGAUGGGGGGUGGAGAUGCUCCUUCAGGUAUACUGGGCCGAGGCCAUUUAGGGCUUUAAAGGUCAGCACCAACACUUUGAAUUGUGCUUGGAAACGUACUGGGAGCCAAUGUAGAUCUUUUAGGACCGGUGUUAUGUGGUCUUGGCGGCCGCUACCAGUCACCAGAUGUUGCAUUCUGGAUUAGUUGUAGUUUCCGAGUCAGCUUCAAAGGUAGCCCAUGAUGCCAUUUGAUUGCCUGGCAUGGGAAAUGGGGAAAAGCAAAUGCACAAAUCUCUGGCUUCUGCUUGGCUCAAAUGUAGCCAAUUGCACAAAAUCACUUCUGUUACUCUGCCUCCUCCUGCCUUUGGAGCCCUCGGAAAGUUACACACAAUAGGAUGCAACCCUCGAGCUGAAAUAGCCUCUGAACCAGCCCAGUCUAGUCUGUUCUCACGGGGCAAAGCUGUACAGUGUCUUGGGCAGAGAAGGUGUUUCCUGUCAGCUGCUACUACCCAACCUUUUCAAUGGGGGAGGCAGUUUCACACCCGCUUGCCCUGCCAGUUGUCUCCUUUAUGGCAUAAAGGGGAUUUUCUACCCUGCCCAGCCCUAUCUCAGUGGAAAGAGGAAAUGAAAUACAACUUGAGGCUGACUCUGAGUGGUUAUCCAUGCUGCGUGAUCUCUCGGGAAACAGACUUGUCCUAGAAUAGCUCGAUCACAUGGGGGGUACAUGACAUGAAUAAAAUAUCCAGAAAAAUGAAGGAGAAACCUCUUGGAAAGAGUGAGCUGCCUUGAAACCCUCGCUCAUUACUUGUUUGGGCAACACUGAAGCAAAACAACUAGCGCAGAAUAAUUGCACACCCGGAGCCAAAGGCAGUGGGGGGGGGGGAAUGCAAGUUCUGAUCAUCUGACGUUUGCUCUAAAAGGCUGUUUAUCACAUCUCUUUCAAACAUCCGUGCCGAUUGGAAUUGCUUCUCCGCACGGCUUUCCAUGAAUCAAUGCAUUGUUUGAUGCGCUGAGUACUGUACAAAUUUUCUCCUUUAUUUAAAAGUUAAAUAUACCUGAUUGGGUCAUUGGUGCGGCUUGCUGGGUAGAGCUUACGCUGAUAACAUUAAAGAGAGUGAGGAGAACCCUGUUGGGUCAGACCAAAGGCCUGUCUUGUGGGGAGGGGGAGAGACAGACCUUGGGUCCCAGGGACCAAAUGCAGCUCCUGAAACCCCGGCCCUUGGGAUUUCCCCCCAUUUCACACCCCUGACUAGCCUUGCUUCACACCCUCCUUGGGUGUUUUUGCAUGGCUGGAAUUGAACUCUUAUAAUGCUCAUCUGCUUGCCUGGAUGGCGGCUAGAGAGAGAUGUGUGCAGAAACUAGCCAACUGUACAAACUAACAUUUACAUGCAUUACACUGCUCAGUUCUGUCUCUGGCACCACCCAUCACUGGCAAGUACCCCAUCCACCCAAGAUGGUUGCCCAGAAGACAGUGAAGCUCUCUGGGGAAAAAUGGUUUCCCAUCCCUGGGCUACACCCACACUAUACCUUCAAAGCACAUUCUUUCUCUCAAAGAAUUCUGGGAAUUGUAGUUUAUCUCAAAAGAGCAGGUGGCCCAGCUGUGUGCCUCGGUCUGGACUCUUUAGUUCUUUUGGCCACAUAUUGCGUGCUCACUUUUCUGAAUGCUGCUUGGUUCAAUAAUAGCAAAAAUAAUCAUUAUCAUUGCUUAGUAGUAGUAGUACUUUUAUUACUUAUACGGUGCCCAUCCGACAGGGUAGCCCCAGCCACUCUGGGCAACUUCCAACAUAAUAUAAACACGGAGCAAAACAUCAAAGAUUAAAAACCUCCCUAUACAGGACUUUCUUCAGAUGUCUUCUAAAAGUCAGAUAGUUGUUUAUUUCCUUGACAUCUGACAGGAGGAUGUUCCACAGGAAGGGCACCAAUACCAAAAAGGCCCUCUGCCUGUAACUUCACUUCUCACCCUGAGGGAACUGCCAGAAGGCCCAUGGAACAGUUAAUAACAACCCAUUAUUAUUGUUGUUGUUGUUGUUGUUGUUGUUGUUAUACAAAUAUUAAUAAUGAACUAAUAAUGUAUUGUUUCUAGUUUCAUUUGUGAACUGCUUCUUGCAAAGCCUCUCAAAGCGAUUUCAACAUUCAGAAAAAUCAUGCAUAAAAUAACUGGAUAUCUAUAAAAAAAACAGUUUCAAACCCAGUGCCAAUACUGUGAUCUAUACAAUAGUAAGCAAAGCAGGUCAGAGUUCUAGCCUGCUCAGGAAUUAUUAUUUGGUAUGAGGGAAGCAUUCUAUCAUGUUAGCCCCACCUGGAAAUAGAACAUAACGUAACAUUCUUCUUUGUAUCUCCUCACCUUCUUUGGUUUCAGGCAGGAAAAAUGACCCCCUUCCCAACUGUGGCCCUCCUCCUCCUCCUCUUUGUGGUGGGCUAUGGAUCGUCGGAGAAUUCCAGUACCUCCAGAGGGUGUGGCCUGGACCUUUUCCCUCAAUAUGUCUACCUGUGUGACCUGGAUGCCAUCUGGGGGAUCGUCGUGGAGGCGGUGGCCGGAGCUGGAGUCUUGACGACGCUGCUCCUCAUGCUGAUCUUGCUGGCAAGGUUGCCAUUCAUCAAGGAAAAAGAGAAGAAGAGUCCGCUGGGGGUCCACUUCCUCUUCCUCUUCGGGACCCUGGGCCUCUUCGGGUUGGCCUUCGCCUUCAUCAUCCAGGAGGAUGAGACCAUCUGCUCGGUCCGCCGUUUCGCCUGGGGGGUCCUCUUUGCGCUCUGCUUCUCGUGUUUGCUUGUCCAAGCCUGGAGGCUACGGAAACUCGUCCGGCACGGCAAGAGCCCGUCUGGGUGGCAGCUGGCCGGCGUCGCCGUCUGCUUCGCGCUGGUCCAAGUCAUUAUUGCAGCGGAGUGGAUGAUACUGACAGUCGUGCGGGACGGGAAACAGGCCUGCCGUUACGAGCCGAUGGAUUUCGCGAUGGCUUCCAUCUACGUUAUGUUUCUGAUGGUGCUGGCCCUGGGCUUUUCUUUCUUCACAGUGUGCGGGAAGUUUAAGAAAUGGAAGAAGAACGGAGUGUGCCUCAUUCUAACCAGCUUUUUCUCAAUCCUCCUUUGGGUUGCUUGGCUGACUAUGUACCUGUAUGGUAAUAACGAACUGAGGAGAAGAGACCAAUGGAGUGACCCCACUCUGGCAAUAGCACUGGUGUCUAGUGGUUGGGUCUUCGUGAUCUUCCACGCUAUCCCGGAGGUUCACUGCUCCAUCCUUCCAUCCCAGCAGGAAAACACACCUAAUUAUUUUGAUACUUCGCAACCGCGGAUGCGGGAGACUGCUUUUGAGGACGACCUGCAGCUUCCGCGGAGCUACAUGGAAAACAAAGCCUUUUCGAUGGAUGAGCAUAAUGCAGGUAAGACGCUUAAACCACAAUGUGUUCUUUGCAGGGCAGGGAUGGAUCUCCCGCAGCCUUCGAAAUUGUUGAAGGGACUACAAUCCCCAUCAUCCCUGCCCAUCGGCUGUGCUGUCUAGGACUGAGGGAGAGUUGGAGUCCAGCAACAUUUGGAUGGCUACAGGUUACCCAUCCCAUAUUUAGGGCAUUAUAAUAAAGAUGUAUUUGGCAGGCGGGAACGUGUUCUGUGGAAAGGAAAUUGUGGUGGCAAGUUUUGAGGCGGUGAGAGGGCCUAUUUGACCACGUGCUCCAAAGGUCUCCAUCAUGGUCUUUGGAGGAGAACUAAGGGAUGUUGCAGAUCCACUAGAACUUACAUUUUUGUAGUUAAAUGGGUGGUGGGUGCAUAAUAUUUAUAGUUCACAUGUAGUGAUCACUGAGACGGCAUCUACUUGGGUGAGACAAUUCUGCCGGUUGCCGCUGGCGUGGCUGUUCCUGGUGUGUUAGAAUAACAAGCAAUGUUGGAAACUCUGAUAUAUAAGCUAGGCAGCAAAUGACUCCGUAAACCAAAGUUGCCGUCUGCAAAAUGGAUUAUCUAGUUGCUAUUUGGGGGCAAGAUGGCUCUAAAGUCUUUAUUUUUCAAAUGAUGGACUGACUGUGAUUGAUUAAACAUCUGACUAGUUCAGAUGACAACCUUGAGCUAGGUUAAGAGCUUUGAGAACUCCUUAAAGAAGAAUGGGAACCUUUUACAAAGUACUUAAAGAAACAACAAAAUGAACUGGACUCCUUGGCAGGUUUUGAAUAAACAUUUACAAACUUCUUAUUGGUAAUAUAUAGAUAGAUAAAUUAAGGAUCUUUACAAUUCUAUAAUAUGCAGAGAACAACAUGUGCUGAAAAACCAGAGAAAGGAGCUGAGGGAAGUCUGGGGGGGGGGAGUGGGUGGGUUUUUCUUUUUUGGGGAGGGGGGAGGGGGAAAAUGUGGGGAAAGGAAGUUGAUAUGUUUUUGAUAAAUUGUUAUGUUGAAAUUCCUAAUAAAAAGUAUUCCAAAAAAAAGAAAGAAAAGAGCUUUGAGAACUCGGAGAAGAAAAGUCAAUUGAUCCAGGGACAGCCCACAUAUAUAUUGGCCUAUUCCAACCUCCUUUUCUUAAUGGUGACUGCUCCUGCUCAGGCUGCACAGAAAAAGCAAUUUGGUUCCAGAGACUCAUUCCGAUAGUGCAGAUGAAAUAUAACUGAUGGAAUUCUACAGGAUGGGGUAGGAGUAUGUGAAAACAGUCCAGAUCCAAUGAUCCCUAGAUGGUGGAGAUGUCAAGUGCCAUCCUGGCACCCAGGCAUCUUCGCUUUGUCACAAGUGGUUGAAAGCAAAAUGCGCCUGGCGCCUGGCUAAUUUCGAACACGGCUUUUGAGGUGAGGUGACCAGAAUUUUGCAACAUAUUCCAAAUGCAGUCACAUCAUAGCGUAUUUUGUGGGUUUUUAUGUUUCCUUAUAGUAUAACACUUUCCCCCUCCUCAAAUUCUGUGACCAAGUUAUAUGCUACAGCUAGGAUAGCUUGCCUUAUGCUCUGUGCUACUGACUUUUGGGAGGCUAAAUGUUUCCGAAUGCUGUUUCUGAGCUGUAAGGUGGCAAGAGCAACCAGCUCUGGUGUGGGGUUCAAUAUUCUAACAAGGUAGGGAAAGAAAAGGAAACAUUUGUGAUUGGUUAUGAGCACAUCCUUGCAUUGGAAAAGAUAGAGCAGGUCAGGUUAUUACAGAAUAAAUGGAUUCCUGCUGUACAUAAAGCAGGCAGAGAAGUUUUGAAGGAUGUGUAAUGGGCAUUGGGAGGGCAUUGUUCAGGCUGUAAUAAGAACAUCAGCAGGGCCUUGCUGGAUCAGGCCAAGAGUCCAGCAUCCUGGGGCCCUUCCAGAUGUACCGUUAGCAGCACUAUAACUGUUUGGGAUCCCCCCCCCCCCGCAUUGCAUCAUUUUAUCACUAUUCCGGAAUACUGCAGUCAUCAAAGCAGUUUUUCUUCUAUCACAGAAAAAUGCAGCAUUUGUGAAAGACCUGGAAUAUGUUCUGCAAUAUGUCCAUUGUGAGGAAGGUGCCUUGUGCAAUUUCCCACAUUUUGUCCGGCAUUUGGGGUGUGCUUUAAGCAGCUUCUGUUUCGUGCCGUUUCUAAGAGGAUUGGACAAAUUCAUGGAGGAUAAGCCUAUCAAUGGCUACUAUCCAUGGUUACUAUACUCCACGGUUGAAGGCAGUAAUGCUAUUGAAUACCAGUCGCUGCGAACCGCAGGAAGGGCGACUCCUCUCAUCCUCAGGUCCUGCUUGCGGGUUUCCCAGACGCAUCUGGGCAACAGGGUAACAGGAUGCUGGACCAGAUGAGCAACUGGCCUGGUCCAGCAGGUCCUCCUUAUGUUCUUACAUUCCCCCUUGUGCUUUUUUGACAAGAGGUUAUCCAUAGCUAAGACCCAAACAGUGAACUCAAGAAGUUCCUACAGCCUAACCUCAGGAAUCCUGUGAAUGUGCUAUCGAUACCCUGUUUUGCCCACUUGAAACUCCCAGCAUUUGCCGGUUGAAUGAACAAGAGAAUGGAAGUGACAUGGCUGCAGCCACAAAACGUUUCUCAGUGUUGGAAACUCUUGAUAAAUAAGCUAGGCGGCAAAUGGCUCCGUAAAACAAGGUUGCAGUCGCCACAAUGAAAUGUCCAAUUGCCAUUUCUGGGCAGCUCUAGAGUCUUAUUUUUUUUCCCAAAUGAUGGACUGACUGCGAUUGAUUAUCUGGCUAGUUCAGAUGACACCCUUGAGCUAGGUUAAGAACGUGAGGAACCUAAAGAAGAAAAGUCACUUUAUCCAGGGACAGUCCACAUGUAUAUCGGCCAGUUUCUACAGGAUGUGGUAUUAGUGUGUGAGGACAGAUCCAAUGGCCCCCACGCAUGCACCACCAGAUGAUGGAGAUGUCAGGCACCAUCCUGGCGCCUGGGCAUCUUCACUUGGUCACAAGUGGCUGAUAGCCAGGUGCAAAAUUUGCCUGGCGCCUGGCUAAUUUCAAACACUGUUUCCAAUCUGAACACAUCCUGUCAUUGGUGUGUAUAAGGAAAAAAGCACCAUCAUCCUCAAAAAACAACAACAGUGGUGUGUAUCUCUUGGUGUGGACAGCAUGCUACAAAUUUUCUCCCAUAAACAUUGGCAUGGCCAGCACCCAUAUUGUUCUAAACCAGGGGUCAGCAAACUUUUUCAGCAGGGGGCCGGUCCACUGUCCCUCAGACCUUGUGGGGGGCCGGACUAUAUUUUGAAGGGGGAAAAAAUGAACAAAUUCUUAUGGCCCAAAAAUAACCCAGAGAUGCAUUUUAAAUAAAAGCACACAUUCAUGUAAAAACACGCUAAUUCCCGGAUCCGGUAGGCCUUAGUUUGCCUACCCAUGUUCUAAACAAAGCAUCUGCAGGAGCCACCCAGAUGAUUCUGGGAAGCUCAUAAUCAUAAUAAUAAUAAUAAUAAUAAUAAUAAUAAUAGUAAAUUUUAUUUAUAUCCCGCCCUCCCUAGCCGAAGCCGGGCUCAGGGCGGCUAACAACACUAAAAUAGUGCAACAUUAUAAAAACAUUAUAAAAAUUAAUUAAAAUCAAAAUUGAUGGCAACCAUAAACUAAAGUUUUGUAAAGAUUGCCAAAGGAGGGAGUCAGGCUGCGCCCUGACCAAAGGCCUGGUAGAACAAGUGGAUACAACCCUUAUUUAUGAGGAGUACUGUAAGAGACUCCUUCUUUACACUUGUGAAAUGUUGGCAGGCAUGUGUCUAAGGUGUAGAAAUGACCUGUACAUCUUCUGCAGCCCCCAGCACUCAGUUUGGAUGCUGAUGUAAUAGUCAUAAAACACGGGGCCAUUUGCUUGCAGAGCAUUGUGCUGUACCGCUGAGCUGCGUCUCGCUUCUCGUAUCACCUUUCGGACACUUGGGUUGGGGACGGAGCAAUCUUUCUGAGAGCUGAGCGCCACUCAGGCCUGCAGCGACCGCCCCAGAUUGCCAAGGAUGACAGCCAUGUAAUUCAGCUUAAAGGGACGAGGCUAAUCAACCAGGAGCCUGUUCCCGCUGUGAAAAGAUUAUCCUGUCAGGCGCAGGAGAGAAACACACAUGCAGUAAUCCAGGCAUACCCUCCAUCCCAUCUGCUCGGACAUGAAGGAUGUAGCAGGAGCAACAGUUUUGUCCAAACAGACAGCUUGGCAGCUUCCUAGUAAUAAUAAUAAUAAUAAUAAUAAUUUGUUAUUUAUACCCCGCCCAUCUGGCUGGGUUUCCCCAGCCACUCUGGGCGGUUUCAAACAAAGUAUUAAAAUACAGUAGUCUGUUAAACAUUAAAAGCUUCCCUAAACAGGGCUGCCUUCAGAUGUCUUCUAAAAGUCUGGUAGUUGUUCUUCUCUUUGACAUCUGGAGUUCCACAGGGCGGGUGCCACUACCAAGAAGGCCCUCUGCCUGGUUCCCUGUAACUUGGAGUUCCUAGGGCAUUCUCUCCAACCAUCCCUGUUGCUCACCCUAAUUCUGAGAAUUAGGGUGAGCAAUUUCAGGGUUACAGUGCUCAUCCUGGGUUCACUUUCCCUUAGAAUUAGGUUACUAGAGCCUUGUUAUUUUUGUGAUUGUUUUGGUGGUGGUGCCUGUGAUGCCCAACUUGUGUUUCUCCCUAUGACAAUGGAUUUCAGCUCCUCUUAGUCCCACACAGCAUGGCCAGUACUUAAGGAUGAUGGGAGUUGUAGUACAACAACCCCUGGAAGGCCACAUCAACUAUCUAAAAACAAAGUGUGUCUUUUCUUUUCCUUUGAAUGAUUGGUGACAUAAAAAGCAGCCUUACAAGUUGUUUUCAGCUGUGUUGAAUGUGUUUUAAUGUGGUAACCUAUCUUGGGAUCCGUCUAGUUCAGUAUUGUCUGCACGGUCUGUCAGCAGCUCGGUGGUUUGAGGCAAGGGCAUUCUUCAGCUGUUUAGUAUGCGAGUAACCAGCCACCGCCAAUUUAAAUCUUUGUUUCCUCAGCACAACUCUGAAUUUGGAGUGCUCCAUGUCAAAAUGUUUGUAGUGAGAUGACAGGCGAGUUUUGAAAGCUUUUGAAGAUACUGGCUUGUUGGGGCUGCUUUUCCCGCACCCCAGAUCCCACGAGAGACUGCUGAUUUUGUCACAUGGCUGAAUUCUGGUUCAUUUGGAAGUUGACUUCUAAAGCCUUGGCUUUACUUUUUUUCCAUCGUCUUUGAAUUCUUACUACGUAGAAACAAAUGAGAACUUAGCACUCCUCCUUAACAUAUUGGAUUGUAGAGAUAUAGCACCUUGGGAAGGGCUGCAGCUCAGUGGUAGAACAUCUGCAUUGUAUGCAGAAGGUGCCAGGUGGAGUCUCAACCUGGCAGCUCCACAUAGGGCUCAGAGAUGGACCUAGAGACCCAUCAGUGCCGACAAUACAGACCUAGGUGGACCAGUGGUCUGACUCAGUAUCAUGAACGCCCAUAGCUGAGUGGUAGAGCAUUUGCUUUGCAUUUGGAAGGUCCCAGGUUCGAUCCCCGGCUUCUCCAGUUUGAGAAGAACUGUGUCUGAAACCCUGGAGAACCAGUGCUAGUCAGUGAUGCUCUGGGAUGUGGAACCUCAGGUCCUGGGGUCAGACAUGGCCUUCCAGGCCUCUCUAUCAGUACCAGUGUUCAAAUUAGUCAGGUGCCAGGUGCAUUUUGCACCUGGCUAUCAGCCACUGGCGACCAAGUGAAGUUGCCUGAGUGCCAGGAUGAGACCUGGCAUUUCCACCAUCUGAAGGUGCAUGCCUGGGGAAUCAAUGGAACUGGACUGUUUCCACACACUGAUACCACAUUCUCUUAAUAUGAUAAAGCUAUCUGAACAAACUCUAAAAACAGCAAAAGCAACGUUUCAUCAAAUAUUAAAUUGAUCUUCCAUAAAUGACCAUGUUACACCUCAGGGAAAGCUUUCCUAGGCAGAAAUGUGUUCAGUAAACACCAAACUAUCCAUAACAGGUUUAAGAGGGCAGUGAAGGAGGAGAAGUUGUUGCCAUGUGUAGAAAUGAAUUAGGGGGAUGACCAAAUAAAAACCAGAAGUUUAGGGAGUCUGUGGUGUCUCAAAUAAAAACAAUCCUCUUUAUUCAAUAGCACCUCAAUGGUCUAGCAAGAGAGGAUUUAUAUUUCUAGUGUAAGAGGCUGCUGGGAUUUCUUCUGGGGUGUCAUUUUUGCCCAGGUGCAGAAGAGGUGAACCAUGGGCUUGCCGUGCAAUGCCUUCUGAUGUGCCUAGCAGUGAAGUACGCAGUCCUUGGCUGUCCAUUAUUUUAAUGUCUUUUGGCUGUCCAGUUAACGUUGUCCUUUGAUACAGAAGUAACACAAAAUUCUAGCUAAUCAGGAACAACUGAAAAUUGGUCACACUGCUGGAACCAAUCACAUUACAGGUCACUACCAUCGAGUAGCCAAUCAGAUUACAAAUGGGCACCCACUGGCAGAAUUCCAUGGAAGAUUAAUCGCUGUUCACCUGCACUGAACCCAUCAGUGGGUAGAUUUAAAUGUGCACUACCGCUGUCUGGAAAGUGUAUCUGUCCUCUGCCCCCUUUGUUGUUUUUGCCUCAGAUUAACAUGGAAAGGAAAGCCUCUCCCCAACAUCUGCCUAAGUCUGAAUAUUUGUGAUUCUUUCAUGUCAGUCAAUAUUUUCACCAUCUGCAUUGAAAUUUGCAGAUUGCAGGAAGCUUGCUAGAUGUUAUUUCACAAAGGCGAUAUAAUAAUUACUUAUAUAAAAUAUAUUGGAAGCUUCCCAAUGGAAUGGGAUAUGAGAAACCAAAUAUUGCCUGACCUCCCAUCUUUUUUGCUAUGACCAAAAUUGAGAGCUCCUCCUUUUCUAAAACAUCUGUAAUACUAUACACAUUCAUUUAGGCAUGACAGCACAGUGGGGCUUCCUUCUGAGUCAACAAGAAGGAUUGUCAUGCACUUCUGUUAGCAAAGUGGGAAAAUAUUUGCUCUCUGCUGUCCCAGAAGCAGUGGAGGCUGGUCCAUUAGAGUGAAUGGAGCUCUGCCCUGCCAGCCUCAAUCUCUUUCUAACCAUCCUCCAGCAGCCUGCCUCCUCUGUGUUGCCCUUGUAGAGUUCAGCAGGGAGGAGGAUGGGGCAAAAGUAGGCUCUAGCCCUGCCUGCCAUUGGUUUUGGCUCUCCUUAUUGUUGGUCUUCCAGCAGUCCACCCUACCAGUCCCAAUGGGCACCAGCCAUCACUUAUUAGUCAGAAGACAAGAGUCUAUCUAAUGGGCUUAAGUAGAUUUAGGUGGGUAGAUUAAAAAAUGAUGUAGAUUGGGAGAAAUGCACAAUAAAAUGUUAAUGAAUUUUUAUUAGGAUGUUUUCUUUUAUAAAAAAAAGAAACUGCAAAUACUUUCACAAUGUUUUGCAUUGCUUUGACUCUUUUCUGUAGCGUUAAAUUCAUCAGCUUUUCAUUUCAUUGUGGUGUAACUUUAUCAGCUUUGUAGCUUUCUGAACUGGUACUUUAUAAGAGAGAUAAAUCAAUAUAAAAAAACCUCAUGAAAUGAAAAGUAAACAAUUGUUUUUUGGGGACGGCUGGACAGCAAGCUGAUGUAGAAAUGUGAAGAACUAAACUUAAGAUUGGAAAAAUGAGAAACCGAGAGAAACUGAAAUCACUAGAUUUUCCCAUCUCUAGUUGCCAUCUAUGAAGUUUAGGAAUAAGGUUUUCCUGUUAGUCUUUGUACUUCCAUGUGAUGAAAUAUUUGGGCAGAUCCACAUUAUAAAUAAAAUUUAUUAUUAUUAUUAUUAUUAUUAUUAUUAUUAUUAUACAUUUGAAGUGCAUUCAGUGCAUCUUUAAAGCACACAUCUUUCCCCAAAGCAUCCUGGGAACUGUAGUUUACCCCUAGCAAACUACAGAUCCCAUGAUUCUUUGGGGGACAUCUUGUGCUUUAUAUGUGCUUUGGAUGUGCUUUAAAUAUAUGGCAUAGAUAGGAUAUGCUCUCUGUUUCAAUACUCAAAGGUGGUAUUAUUCCCUUCAUUUCUGAGGUUUAGGAUGUGAGUGCAGGUGAUCCUUAGGUAAUCAAAACAGUAGUAAAGAGGGGAGGUAUCAGCAGGUUUCUGGGAGGGAGCAGAGAUCCCAAAGGAUUGCAGAGGUACAUAAAAUCUUUAGAGUUGGGGAAAAUAAGGCAAGAGUAUAGCGGAGCCCAGAAAUGGCCCAAUGAAGACUGGGCAUGGUCAGUGAUCACAGAACGUUGUCUGGUUGCUGGAAGGUGGCAUGUGUGGAAAGCCUGGCAAGGAUUGAAAUAGAAUGGAGUUGGCUGGAAUCUUCGGGGGGGAGCACUUUACGCUGCAACACUCGGUUGCACCUACCAUUUGCACCCGCAGCGGCCAUUAGGAUGUCAACCUGCUUGCAGACAUCCUAGAGGCAACUGGUGGGCAAGUAAGGGAAGCAGGAUACAGUUCUUUUUUUAUAUAUUGCCAGAAUGCAAACAUCUUUCUUUUACCUGUCUUUUCUUUUUCCCCACCCCAAAAUAUACCACACACAGCUUUGCGGACUGCAGGAUUUCGCAACGGCAGCCUGGGUAGCCGUCCCGGCGCCCCCUUUAGAAGCAACGUCUACCAGCCCACUGAGAUGGCAGUUGUCCUGAAUGGUGGGACUGUAAGUAUCAAAAUGUGACUCUAGAAGAUGCUGCCUUUUAGGGUGAAUGCCCAACCUCUGGUCUCAACUCAGAACAUUAUUCAAUUGGAUGCUUACGCAUAUUUGGGGAGGCAGGAUAGACUGGGGACAUGAACAGUUCAAAUAAUAACUAUUGCAUGCAGUCCUUCAGAAGAUGACUUAAAUUCCAAAUUUUCCUGACAUUGUUGGGCCGUUUAAGCUUUUGCUGCUAAGAUUGUUCUUUUCAGGACUGGUCCAAACAAUGCCAUCCGCCCCCCCCUUAAAUGAGUUAUAUCUCAAUGUCCACUGUUAACAGCAAUUCAGGUGUCUGGUUUUUUAUUCUUUAAAAUUGCAACACACAUCUGAGUUUUGUUUCUUUUUUGAAAAGCCAGCACUUUCCCUACAAAGGCCCUCUUUCGCUGAGGACAUUGCCACCUUUCCUUAUGAUAGUUCCACACACACACACACACACACACACACAUACACACGUGCCUGUGCUGAGCUCUUGAUAGAAACACACCGCUGCAAACAGAAGCCUGCACAAGAGAGUUUGCUCAAACGGGUCUGCGUGGCCUUGGGACGCGAGCUGCUCUCUUAAUCCGCAGCCAGGUCACUGCGAGAGUGGCUUACGGAGAGAUCUGGAGCCAAACAGCCUCCUUACAUCUCAUUUGCAUUGUGUGUGUUUAAGUGCGCCCAAGAAACUCCACAGGCCGCUUUUCUGUGUGCUCACACUCUCCGGCUUGCUGGUGUAAGGAAAACGCUCAUCCCCCCCCACCCACUUUUUUUAAAAAAAGUCCAUGCCUACAUACAUGCUGCUUAAAAGGCUACUCAUGAGCCAGCUUCUGCUCCAUGCAAGUUGGGCUGUUUUCUUUUAUUAUCAUUGGGGGGUUUUGCUGAUACCAUACUGCAGAUUUACACACAAUCCUUUUUUAUUUUUUUGAAAUGCACAAAUAUUAUCAUCAGUUUGUAAGGUCUGUUCCCCAGCCUGCUGCCAGCCCUGUUCACUCGGCGAGGGGUGGGGGGGUGGAGAGACACUGUUGGAGAGAGCCGAGGGGAGCCAGAUUGCCCCUGUGAGGAUGUAACCAGUUGGAGGGGGAGCUCAAGAGCGGCUCUCUGCAGCUAAUACUGCUCUGAACUAAUGCCAUUCCGAGCUGCAAUAAGCUGCCCUCUCCCUCCCUCCCCAAGCCACAAUUUAGUUGAUUAUACUGGCUGCAACCUGGCUUUUGAUGGCUAGGUCUGAAAGAGGCAGUUUGCUUUUGUGGCCUUUCCCUAGGAGUCAACGUUAGAUUUAGAAAUAUCCGCUAAGUGCCAUGAUUGAGGCUGAGAUUUGCACACCACAAGACUAAAAUCUAGUGGGGGGUUCAGUUUAUUCACUCAAUAUUCAUCACCCACAAGAAAGCUGAGUUUCUUCCCCUCCUCGUUUGUAGGUGCCCGUGCUUUGGGCAAUGGAAGCUGGUCCAAUACACUGACCUCAGUCAGCUCCCAUCUGUCUGCCUUCUUAUAUACAACCAGUCCAGCUGGUGCCCCUGGCUAUCGCCUUCCUCCUCUUGUCUCAGAUUUGCCCUUGUAGGAGGAUGGGGACCAAGCUAGGACGAGUCUGCUAUUAGCUCUAGCGCCACCUACUGUUGGCUUCCCUGCCUUCUGGCCUACCAGUCCCAGUGGGUACCAGCCAAUACAAGCUUUGGCCCAGCUCACUGAAAUAGCCAGCUGGAGUCUGCCCUAUACCAUUUCCAGGCUGCAUAACUGAAAGCUAUUAUGUCUGAGGGGAAGACUAGACAUCAUAAUUUGGUAGUCCCGAAUUCAUUCCCUGAAAUAUUCUCCAGAAGGGAUGGGAAAGGGCUGGAGAUCCCAGAAGCCAUGAUCCUCUGCUAGAAUUUGGUGAUUUUGUCCUUCAGUAGUAGAAUACUGCUUCAUAAUGUUCAUAAAGAAAAGGAUGAAGGACCUGGGUAUCCAGCCCAGAGGUUGUCCACCUCGCUGACAAAUAGGUCUUCGCAGAGGAUGUUACAAAAACCCCUCGGGUUGUCUCCAAGUGAGCCCUAUUCAGAGCAGGCCUGCUGAAAGUCACAGACCAGCAGUGAUCAUGCGCAUUAAUUCCAACUCUCCAGUAGGACUUCACAUUGGCUACAGCCCUUAGCAUACUUACUGACCAUGGUGUUAAUUUGGGAUGGCUCUGUGUGCUUUUGUGUAUAUAAUGUAGCCUGUCUUAAGUGAUUUCUUAAUGGUCUAGAAUGCUUAGUUAUGGCUUUAUUAUCCUUAUUUCCAGAUUCCAACUGCUCCACCAAGUUACACUGGAAGACACCUUUGGUGAAAAAGCUUAUAGGCUGUAGAGGAUGAGAGAGAGAGAGAGAUUUUAUUUCCUGGCAGUGUGCGUUGUUUUAUUUUUUUCUGAGGGAAGGAAGAGUGAAUAAUCCUAGCACAGGACACCAGCAGUGCGGGAGGAGGGGACCCAUCCAAGGUGCAUGGGAGAUCCUAGACCGGAUAGCUUGUUGUUGUUUUAAAAAUAAAAAUAAAAAUGUGAGCGCCGUUUGAAUUGAUAAGCUAACCACAAAAGCAAAACCUCUGCAGUGAAAUAUAAGCUAAAACUAAGUUUAAAAAUAGACGUAGGCGCACUCUUCCAAAAAUAAAAACGGGAGAAAGGGGACACAGUGUUCAGAAAUGGCAAGGCAACUCUCUGCUGCAACCAGAACGCAAGGCAAAUAUGGCCUUUGUCCGGCCAUCCAAGUUUUGAGAUGAAGAGGAUAGAACAAAAAAAGUCCUUAAUUCAGAUUGCCCCUGCUCUCAGCCAGGCAGGCUUUCUUACAACUUAACUGGCCAUCUUGGAAAGGAGAGAGUAGUCAUAGGAUAAGAAAAAUAACAAAUAAAAUUAUAUCCAUCUAGAAUAGUGUUUCCUGACCAUCCCAGGCCCUUUUUAAAGGUCAUUUCUCACUCCAAAAUGAAGGAAAGUACCACUGUGUAUAUACUUGGUUUCUAAGGCGAGCUGUACAAGGGUGUGGAACCAACUUUGUUAUUUUAGAAAGUGCAGGCUGGUCCAUGGCGGCUGGCCUGCCACUCUUCCCCCCGGAAGCACCCUAGGAAGUUGCAUAGCAACCUUCCUACAGAAAGGGGGCGGGGCUCUGUUUGUUCCGCCUCUUUUGCACACGGCCAUGUCGAAGGCAGCACUUGCUAUUAAAUCAUGUUGUGUGGAAGGGGUGGGGAGAGAGAGGACAGGCCAAGGCGAUUGUAGCUCCUAAGCGUGUCCAAGAAGUGGAACCAGACACACAAGAAAUCUAGGAAAGUUGAGGCGCCCCUUGGGCAGGGUUCACUAAAAAACGUUGGAUUCCCCAUCACUCUCCUCCCAACUCCAGUUUAGCACCGGAGUCUCAUUGACUGCAAUGGGUUGUUCAUUUCCUUGUGUGCUUUUUUUUUUUAACGGAGGAUUUUAUUCCUUUGUGUGUUUUCUAAUGGGAUUAUUUUCAUGUGGGGGUUGGGAACGAAGUGUGUGGUUGUUUCCCCACCCCGUUUCACCAGAGGGUCCCAUGUGCCUGCCUGCCUUUUCACAUUUUUAUGGUUUUAAUGAUGUUCGCCAGAGCAUCCCUUCAUUUGUUUAGCAUCGAACGCAUAUUGGGCAUGUGAACAGCCAUCACAUCCUCCAGUCAAGCCAGCAUUGUGCCCUGCUUUCCUGCAGAAAAAAAAGCAAUUGAGGUUUGCUUGUGUUUUGGUUUUUUUAAACACACACACACACACACACACACACACACACACACACACAUUACAUGAAGUUGCAAAGUAUGCGGAAGGAUGGAAUUCUUUUGCAUCUGUUCUCAUUAAUAUAUAUCUAUUUUCAAAUGGUGAAUAUAAAUGAUAAUGUAACAAAAUAAAGACCACAUAACAGAGUAGCUUUGCAAGGCUGUAUCCUGCAAAGGAAAGAAGACAGGUUUUUUUUAAUUUUUACUUUGGGAAAUGUCCCUGGUUUCUUUACUAUAAGCCUGAUCUUGUUAAUUUCGGCCUAGUUCUCAUUGAGGUCACCAGCUCGUUGUUUGGAAAGUAGUACCACUUCAGACUUAACAACCGGUUUUUAACAACAGUUUUCCGGCAGAGGGUGGGUGGCCACAAAUCAGGGAUGUUGGUGGUGUUUGGAAUUGAUCAGGUGGUUUGGAUUCAGCGACGUCUGGAGCACUCUUCCAAUGCUUGUAAGGAGCUGGAGGCUCAUUUGAUUGAAAACUCUUCUAUGCAAUGGACAUUCCUUGCCCGCAGAAAGCCAGCAAGUUGGGGAAAACCCUGCCAUGCUAUGUUUCUAUAUGCAGGGGUUUCUAUUCAUUUGUGAUUAGGAGAACUCCACCCUAGAUUUGGCAUUGCUCUUAGGUUCUCAGGUGGUAGCGUCAAGCAGAAGUAAUUUUCCUCUGCUCUUCCUGGUGUGCCAGCACCACCCGUUCUUGGAAAAGGUGGAAUCUGGCCAUGGUUACACCUGUGUUUGGCAUAGCAAGGCUGGAGUACUGUUCCACGCUGCCUGUGGGGCUGUCCUUGGAGUGUGAUCAAAAGGUGUCGGUGGUUCAAAACACAGCAGCUGUGGAAGCCAGUUUGAGGGGUCAUUUUCUUUUGUUCUUGUACCAGCUUGAAGCUUCUGGAGAACCAUUGGCAGUGAAAAAAGAUAAUCCCAGGUUGGAUGGGGGAAAGUAUUAAGCAUUUUCCUGUGUUAGAAUCUGGGCACAAUCCAUUAUGCUGCUUAUUACAUCUAAAGUCCAAUUAGGCUGAGGGCAGGGUGGCUGCAGGGGGCCAGAUCUUUAUGUCCCCAUUCCUGUGAGUCAACCCACCUGUCAGUCACCAGACCUCAGAUGAUUGGCAGGAGGGUUUAUCCCACUCAUCACAAAAUUUCCAUUGACACCACUGCUAAAAUGAAGCUUUCCCUCUCCUCCGUUUUAGCAGAAAUUUCAAUAGAAGCUACUUGGUACUAUUGGAGCAAGGUUCGUUCCCCUCGCCUGUCAGCUUAUGGGCUGUGGGAGCGUAGCUUGCUCCACAAAGGGAGCAAUCGGGAGCUCAUUUCAAGCUCCCAGUUGCUCCUGUGUAGUCAUGUAACUUGUCAGCUGUCCGCCAAGCAGCCAUGAUUCAUGAGGAACAGUCUCGCAGGCAAAAUUGGGAACACUGCCAGGUCAAAUCUGACCUGUGGGCCAGAAGUUCCCAAUCUCUGGCUUAGGACCAAGACCAUCUUAAGGCAAGGGUAGCUAAACAUCAGGGAUGAUGGUAUUGUUAUGGUCCAACAUCAUCCGUAGGGCCCCACGUUCAUUACCCCUUUCUUAGGAAGCGAAGGCCCUUAAACCUUACCUGAGCUCAUUUUCCAAGGUUUGGAUGAUGGGACCAAAGGAAAGGGCCUUCUCCGUGGUAGCACCCAGACGACUGAGUCUUCUCCUCAAGUUUCGCCCCAUCCAUUCACUCAAGCUCUCCUGCUAUCAGGUGGAGAGACUUUUUUUUAUUUAGGAAAGCAUUGGACUUUUAAGUUUUGAUCUCUCUCAGUGUUCCUGCUCUGUUGUUUUGUGGGGGGUGAAAAAUUGAUGCUGUUCUUGCUGUUGUAUUCAUGAUUUGAUUGUAUUGUUUUAACGCCUCUUUUCUGUAUCGUCAUUGUUGUUUAAGAUCAUGUCAGCCACCUCGAGCUGCUCCAGUUGGAAGCGAAGGGCGAGGCAUAAAGCCCCAAAAUAAAGACAUGAAUUAAGAUGUUCUACCUGCAGUCUGAAAUAGUACCUUCACCUCAAUGAGAACUAGGCCUUAAAUUUCCAUGAGUAGCCUCAUUGACCCUGGCUGGUCUAUUUAGUAGCAAAAGGGGUACAAGAUCAGGAUUUUUGUGAUACACACUUAUAUAGUCUAAAAGAAAGUAUAUAUUGCCAUUCUUGCCAUGAUUAUCUUACCAAGUCCCGUCCCCCCAUCCCCCGGACUAGGUAAUAGCAAUAACAUUUUUGUUGUGCACAAACAGUUGCUUUAUGUGCUCUCAACAGAAAAGAACCACAUACGGUGAAUGCAUUCAGAAAAUGUAUAAAUAUUAGUGUUGCAUUUUAUUGAGAUUUGAACAGGUUGGGUCUCAUUUUAUCACUAUAUAAAAUCUUAGCUGGUGCUUUCAUGUGUGGGUUUUAUUUUAAGGGAAAUGGAAAAAGUGCAGUUUGAAAAAUGGACUUUUCUUAAACUUCUAUUAUUAAAAAAACACACACAUAAGAUGCACAUGGCAUAAAUGGCAAAACAAUUUUCUUUUUCCCAGCUGAGUGUUGAUAUAUUUUUGGAAGCGAUUGGGUUGGUGAUGUUUCUUUUUUUAAUUAUAUGGGGGUGGGGGGCUGACGUUAAAGAAAAAAAAAUACUUUCAAGGAGUGUAAUUUAAGAUGUUCAAUGUUUGUUUGUUUGUUUUUUAGACAAGAAGGGAUUUAGCAAUCCUGCUUCCCCUUAAGUCAAUGGCAGUUUGGGAUCUUAAAGACAGGGCUGGAUCCUGCAAACACAGGACUUCCCUUAACCACUCAUGUCAACCCGAGCCUUGCUUCAUAGUGGUGGGAGGUGUGCAGAUUAAACCUUAAUAAAAUAAAAUAAAUAAAAUAAGGGAUUGGUUCAUUUUCCCAGCAAGUUAGUUUUGGAAUGAAUUUAUAUUUUUGUCAGUCUGUAACUUGUGAUGUCAGAUUCUGCCACCCCCCCCCAAAAAAAUACCACUUGUUGAUUUUUUAAAAAGGGGCACUUUUAUGUUAAGUUAUAUUUUUGUUAAUGUAACGAAGUUGUUUAUACUUUUGCCUUUUGAGGAAAGUGAUUACGAAUGUAAAGCAUCUGUAACUCCACAACAGUAAGCACAACUACUUUGGGCGGGGUGGGAUUUGGUUUCACUGCAACUCACUCUAGGAAGCGUAAAAGCUACUAUGUUCUCCAUUUUGCCAAUCAAUAAUGCCACUCAAAUGGGGUGGGAGGAAUAUAUGUGUAUAUAUAUUUUAGGAUGCAACCCUAUGCACACUUUCCUGAGAGUAAACCCCAUUGAAUACCAUGAAACCUACGUUUGAGUAGUUAUGGCAGAAUUGUGUUCUAUAAGGCACCUUAGACUGUUGUCAACAUGCAGGUUUUUGAGAUGAGCUAGGUGGCACCCCCAUAAACUGGAAGAAAAAUGCAAUCCAUUAAGCAACUACACCAGGGGUCACUAUCCUUUUUUGAACCAGGGGUCACAUUUUGCAUUUUGAGAGAUUGCUGGGGGGUGCCUUUCACAAACGGACUGCCAACGGGGUGUGUGUGACAUAACACAACAUGGUUGUCGUGAAAGGCAUGGCGUCACACAGAAUUAGAGAGUACAAUCAGGGCGAAGCUUUUCCCGUGGCUGUAUUUCCAUGGGAGAAGAGGCUUGUUCUGUUGAAUUUCUUCCUGGAAAACAAGGAAGAAGCAGGGAAAGUGCAUUAAAGAGGAGAGGGAAGGAGCAGCUCUUUAGGACCGCAGGGAUUCCAACUGCCUGGUGUCCAAGUGGCUCUCACUUCGCCCAUUGGCUAAGAACACUGGCAGGUGAGAGGAGCCAGGCUGGCUCAUUUCACAGAAAUGAUUGAGAGCUGGUGAACCUUGCACUGCACUGUGCAAAGGAUUGCAUCCUCCAGUUGCAAACAGCCUGCACCUAUUUGAAGACUAGCAAAACUGUACCCAUUGGCUUCGGUUGAGCAGCUCUGGUGGGUGAAUACGUAGAAUUUGGGGCAUGUGCCCCAUCCAGAGCCCCAUGAAAUUUUGGGGUUGAAGCCAUUGACUUGGAGUGGCUCUGGUGAGUGCACACGUUAGCCCUGAGCUGUAGAUGAAUGCUGGUGGCCAACCUGAGUGCACCACCCAGAUUAAGGGCUCUUCUGCUAUACACCAGCCCUUUUUAUACCCUGUGCAAGGAAGAUCCAGAGGUUGGUAGUUAGUUUCCACUCCAGCAUCUCUUUUCAAGAUGGAGAAGGUUUCAAGGGGCACAGAUGCCCUUGUCAAAGGAUCCUGUGUCUUGCAGGAUGCAGUCCUAGAUAAACAAGGUGUGUUAAAAUUCUAGCUUUAACUGCUAGGCAAUGGCAUCGUUCUUGGCUUAACUCUGCUUGAGGCUUCUGUUCUAACCAAAGGCAGUACAACUGGAAGCACAUGUAGCUUUUAUUUAAAAGAGAACAGAUUGGACUAUUCUUGCCACUUUACCAGAUUACACAGCAGGUGCUUUUAUUAACUGAUGAGAGCCAAGUCUCAUUUUUUUUGAUAAUAUAUAUAUUUAUUAAAUGUAUUAAUGUGCAUUUUUUAUAAUGUCCCCUUUUCCCACUCUGCUGACCGUUGCAUACUGUUUAAUCUUGUACAUCUUUGGAAAGGUUUUCAAGACAAUCAAAUGUGUACCAUAAUGACUGUACAUAAAGAUACGAAAUUUAAAACGAAAACAAAACAAAAAAAGUUGUAAAGCAUGGGCAAAGACAUUUUAUUUUCAAAAUGCUGUUCUUAACAAAUCAAAACAAAAAUAAAGGCUUUACUAUUUACUUAC